AUGGGGACUCCACCUCAGACUCUGCUUGUGCUGAUGGUCUGUUUGGCCGCCAGAGGAAUGUGUCAGAUAAACGGGGUUGAAGCUGACGACGCUCUCCCCGGCCUGGCGGUCUACUCCACCUUGCAGACUCCGGGCUUCUACAGCACUGCUCAUCCAGGAAAAGGACUCGGUGUCCCCCCACUGGUCCCAGGAGCUGAGGCUCAAGCUCUGGAACCCAGCUCUUCCAAUGAAACUGUUGUAAAAAGGCCACUGCCACCUCCGAAAUGCCUCACGUCUCCCUCCAUCAGCAACUAUUUUAAGUACAUCAACACCGUAAUUUCCAUUACAGUCUUUGUGGUUGGUCUGGUCGGAAACGCCACCCUCCUGAGGAUUAUAUACAAGCACAAGUGCAUGAGGAACGGGCCCAAUGCUCUUAUUGCCAGCCUGGCCCUCGGUGACCUCAUCUACAUUUUCAUUGAUAUCCCUAUCAACGUAUACAAGUUGCUGGCAUCUCGUUUUCCAUUUGAUGACAAUGUGAUCGGCCUGUGUCUUUGCAAGCUGUUUCCUUUCCUGCAGAAGGCUUCUGUUGGCAUCACUGUCCUCAACUUGUGUGCUCUCAGCGUGGACAGGUACAGGGCUGUGGCCUCCUGGAGCAGAGUGCAGGGGGUGGGGAUCCCUCUCCUCACCCUCAUUGAGAUCAUAAUAAUAUGGGUGUUGUCGUGCAUACUGGCAGUGCCCGAGGCUGUUGUUUUCGACAUUGUCUCCUUCAACUACACCAACAUCACCUUUCGCACCUGCAUGCUCAACCCAAAGACUGACUUCAUGAAGUUCUAUACAGAAUAUAAGGAUUGGUGGCUUUUUGGCUUCUACUUCUGUGUGCCCCUGACUUGCACCGCCAUCUUCUACACCCUGAUGACCAGUGAGAUGCUGAACCACAGGAAGGGCAGCCUUCGCAUCGCACUCAGCGAGCACCUCAAACAGAGGAGGGAGGUGGCCAAAGCCGUUUUCUGCCUUGUGCUAAUAUUUGCCCUUUGCUGGUUCCCGCUGCACCUGAGCAGGAUUCUGAAGAAAAUGGUUUACAACCAGAAAGACGAGAUGCGCUGUGAGCUACUGAAUUUUCUCCUGGUCAUGGACUACCUCGGCAUUAACCUGGCAACAAUCAACUCGUGCAUAAAUCCCAUUAUACUGUACUUUGUCAGCAAGAAGUUCAAAAACUGCUUCAAGUCAUGUUUGUGCUGCUGGUGUUAUUCUGACAAUCAUCUGAACAGCACUGGACCCGUGAAUGGAACCAGUAUCCAGUGUAAAAGCCCAGAGCCCAACAACCUACAAACUGACCGCAGCGUCAGGAAAGACAGCAACUGAUCACUCACCACUUAUUUUAAUGCUUAAAAAUAAACACUACUCAUCUUAAAACGUAUACAUAAAAAUAUAUAUUUGAUCCUGCUUGGGACACUGAAGGAACAUGUGUCCGAAAG